AUGGGUAAUGGCAGAGAUGGUGGCGGCUAUCCAACUCCUCGUCGGCCAAGCUCUAGUCUUGACCCUAGUGAGGAGCGGGAAACUUCCGCCACGCUAUCUUCAUAUGAUUCCGACUCUAACGACAUGGCCCUAGAAGCGUUGGGGCGUGGAUCGCAAGGACUAGGCUUCCUUCCCACCACUUAUGAGUCACUUGACCAUGUUGAGACUACGGGUUCAUUAAAGUCCCGGAAAACCUGGCCAGAUCGAUCAAUUACAGACUUUCUGGUUGGCAUGUUUUUACAUGAGAUCAAUCAAAUCUACGAGAUAAUCCAUCCCCCGUCAUUUCAGUCAAGAUACGACGCAUGGUGCAAAUCACAAGAAACAGACGACCACUCUGGAGGAGCCGCUUCAGAAGAUGAUAUCGACUUUGGAGUGCUAGUCCUCCGAGUCUGCCUUCUCAGCAUCCAGAAUCUGCCACAUCCCAAAUAUCCUACCAUUGGAGUAUUGAAUACUCAUCUCGAUCACUUGGAGCAUUGGUUUUGUACGCUCGCCGAUGAUCUCGGCAAUUUUCAAGCACUUGAAAAAAAACCCUCGAUCCUCACAAUCCAGCACAGAUUCUACCACGUUUGUUACCUCCAGAAUUAUGCCAAGAUUAGGCCUAGUUGGUCGGUUUUGAGUGCUGCUGUCAAGGGCGCACGUGAGCUAGGGCUACAUCUGAAAGACCCGGGUGUCCCCAUCAGUGAACUAGACAUGGAACUUCGACGUAGAACCUUUUGGAGCCUCUAUGUCUGGGAUCGAUAUAUGUGCACCUUCUUCGGCCUCUGGCCGCUUAUUCCCGAAGGAUACUUCGACAUCGAUCCGCCUCACGAUAAUCUACAGGCACUGGCUAUUACGCCCUAUGCCCUGACCCCUUUCACUGACCGGGUGUUUCAUAUCAGAUUAGCUCGGUAUCUCACGGCAUUUAUGAGCCCACCUUCUUGGAAAGACGAUCAACACACCGCAGCUGUUGUCGCCGAAUUCGCACAGCGGUUUCAAGAAGUGAUUAUUGACCAGCUGCCUCCGGCAUAUUGGCUUGAUAACCCGGAUACAACCUGGGAUAUUGCAGACUCAGCAAUUCCUCGCAAGAGAGAAUAUCUUCAUCUUUCCAUUUACAGUACAAAGGCUUCGCUCUAUAGGGCCUUUGCUGAUCCUUGCAAUCAUCUCCAUCGAGAGACAAAUACACUGCCCAAGCAUGGCACCGACCUGCUCACACUUUCCCACCGUCGAGCACUCAUGGAUGCUACAUGCAAGGCAAUCUCUUCCAUCACUAAGCUCUACGCAUUGACGGGCGACGAGGAAGGCGGAGCCGCAGAAAGGCUAUUCAUGCUGCCAAUCUGGCUUGUAGACGCUCUAGCGUGUCUCGGAGUCUGCCUACUCUCCGUCCAAGCCGACGAAAGAAGACUUGCAGAAAAGGGAUUGCAAAUAAGUCCUGACCAAGGACUCCGCUCUAGCUUUGCUACCUUCUUCGAUGCCUUUGCUCUCCUCUGUCAACAAGCUCCUCAAUACGGCUUGGCCAAGAGGGGCAUGAAAGUACUGGAGAGUUUGCAUAGCACCUUGCACUCUUCUCCCAGCCGCAAAAUGCUGCUUAAUGCGGAUGACGGCGAGACGGUCACUCUAGGAGCCUUUAGUAUAGGUCAAACUGGAGGGACAAGCUUUCAGUUGGAGCAUGCAUUGGUGUCCCUGCAUAGUCGCGGCGGUGAAGGAUCUCAUGGUCGCAAUUCGACGCCUUUACCAGAGUGGCUGCCCAGUUUCUUGGAAACGCCUGGUCGAUCCUGGCUCUUCCAGGAUGGGGCAGUUUUUGGAAAUUUGUUAGCCUAG